GUUCAUUGAUAACAUCGGAAACUAGAGAGGAAUCUUUAAUGUCUCAAGGCUGUGUGUUGUUUACCUGACUCUUGGAAGCAUUGUUUCACCGGUAAUUUACAGCCGUCUUAAAAAAUCUUGUCUUGUUGAACAAUUCUGGUUCCCAAAUAUUAGCGUUUUUGAUACAUUUUCUUGGCAUUAAAUGGGCCAUAGGUAUCAUCGACGUUUUGGUGGUAGAAUAUCUUACAUCAACCAAUGGGUUAAGUAUUCUUUAUGCUUGGCGAACUUCAUUUUCUUAGCUGUUGGAGCAUUGUUUCUUGUGUUCGGUGUGAUUGCAUUUAGUGAGUCGGAAGGUAUACCAUGGAAAUCUAAAACUAUUGCAUUGCACUGGCUUUUCAACCUAACCGUAAUUUGUAUGGUCGUUGGGGUCAUAACUUUAUUUGUUUCACUGGCUGGUUUUGUCGGAUCUUUACGUGAAAACACUUGUCUGCUGAGAUUUUAUUACUUCAUUUUAACGUUGCUUUUUCUGACAGAGGUUGUUUGCUGCGUAUUGUUCUUUGUGUACCGUGAAUCAACUGUCCACAGGCUUGAAGAGUUAAUCAAAACUACUUUUGUUAUUCAAUAUAGAGAAAUUGGAUUUGAGGAUACAACAAACUUUAUGGACUUUAUUCAAAAAGAGCUUAAUUGUUGCGGACCUAAGUCAUACCUUGAUUGGACAGCUAAUCGAUACUUUUCAUGUGAUAAGUCUAAUAUAAGCCCUGAAGCUUGUGGAGUUCCAUAUUCUUGUUGCCGUCAAAUGAAUGAUAUCAGUGUUAAUAUUAUUAAUACAUCGUGUGGAUUUGGUGUACAAAAAUUAACAACUGCUGAAGCCAAUCGUAUGGUAUGGACAACUGGAUGUGUUCAUGCUCUUAUCAGUGCAGUGGAAAACAACAUAGUCUAUUUCGCUUAUGGGUUUGUUAGCGUAGCUGUGUUUCAGCACAGAUUCUUAAGGAAUAGAGUUGUCUUAUUGUGUAAAAUGUUCGUAAACAUCAACCAACCAUCUAUGAUGUGGUUUUUGGUGUAAUAAAUUUACGCCCGACCGUAUUUAACUGUGUAUUAGUUAUAAUAUCUUGAUGCUCUGAUCUUGUUAAAAGUAGAAAAGCUUGAUGCCUCUGAAAUGUUAACUUACCGUCCCUUACUCGUAGUAUCGUCCAGGGAUAACCUGCUCGUUUGUUGGGGAUGUUAGAUCUCCAGAACUCCCUUGGUAAAUAUCUUAAUUUUCUAAUUGUAUUUUGAACAUUUAAAUUUCUUUGUUUUCGCGCCAAAAGCGCUCUUCUCAUAUUCAUGUAUUUCCCACUUGGGAGAAUCGUUAACGCUAUUGGUCCGUUGUAUAUUUUAGUAAACUAUUUUUUAACGCUUCUCAAGGACAGUUUUAUGCUGUAUAUAUAUACGUCUGAUUUGCGUCUGUUGUUAUAUAUAUAUUUGCAUGUAUAUAUCGCUGUUCGGUUUCUUCUAUUGCGUUAGUUUAGAAGUUUUCAUGUCUCAUAUGACUCACAUUUUUAUACUUUCAUUGAAGACUACGAUUGAAGUAACUACUUUUAUGAAUUUGGUAUUCAUCUUGCUGUGUUAAUGAGGUGUGGCAACUUGGACCGAUGUAUAUAUGUGCCUGGUCCUACGUUGUAAAUGACUGACUGACUGAUACUAUGCUAGGGACUCUUUUAUAUGUUGAUAAUAAUAACACAAUCGGUAGCAGAUACUUUAAACAAAUAAUUGGCCACAGUUUUAUAUUUCAAAGUUUACAGCUCUAUUUGUUUUUUUCAGGACAUUUUUACCAUCCAUCUAAUUAUGUAUAUAUAAUUAUUAUUAACAGUUGUAUACGUUUUCUAUUUCACUUCCUUAAAUCUUUCUGUUUCUUUCUUAGCUUAUAGCUAUCCUACUUGCAAAGACACUGCAUACACAAAUCAAUGAUCAACUGCGUUUAGUGCAUCAAGAAAAUAAUUACUUUUGAGAAUUUUUCUUCCGUCCGUCUAAAGAUAAUGUGCAUUAUUAUUAUUAUUAUCACUAUUUGUAAGUAAAAGAAUAUAUUUUUGGAUUAUUUUUGGUGACUACUGCUAAUUCUUCAUCAAUCACUGAAACAACAAUUUACUCAUCUUAUAUGGAAUGAAUAAGGACAAUAAUACGAAAAAUCCUUUCCUCAUCAAAUCGAUGUAUAUAUUCAUUCCUGACUGAUCCCAUUGUGAUUUGAACUUGCUCAGUUCUUUGCUUGUUUUAUUUUUGCUGUUACAUCCUAAUGAAUUACAAUUUGUUAACUGAAAAAUGAUGUAAAAUAUAAAUCGUAUUUUUUUGAAAUUUUAUGUUUUCUUAAUCUAAAACAUUGUCAAUGAUGAUUGUUUGUAUUAUAUUAUCUUUCAUUUUUAUAAUGAAUUUAUUUUAUUUCAUUAUAUUAGUAUUAUUCGAUGUAAUUU